AUGCUGCUAGUUUUUUUUAUUCGUCCUCUUGAGCCUGUGGGUAAUUUUGCCAUGAUGGCCUUUCGAGUGUACAAAUCCCAUCGUUUUUUGUAUGGCAGCUGUUCUCAUCACACGUGUUUUAAUGUGGAAUUGUACUCACUGCCCAACCGAAUUCGCAUAUACGUCUAUCCAGAUUUACUAUUCCUUUUGGAUGCGGUGAAUUCAAGCAAGUAUGCUGUCGGUGAUCCGUCCGAGGCUUGUUUGUUUGUGUCGUCACUCAAUUUUGAUGAGAAUUCUCUGUUGUCUUCAUCUGAGAUGAAUAAUCGGCGUAACCAUCUAGUAUUUGAUUUGGAUUAUGGUCGAUCAUUCGAUAAUAUUCGUUUCCCUUUGCAAAGCUUCCCUGGGAUGGUUGCUGGUAGCGGCUUUAAAUAUUCAAUUUACAGAACUACAUAUGAUGUCUCUCUCCCCGUAGUAAGUUUGCAUUUUGCCUCUGUUAUUAAUCACUUUAGUAAUUACUUCCAAGGCUACGUUGAUAAAUUACUUCAAAACCAUUGGGAACACAACAAAUUGCCGAGUGCCAUCGUCAAGAGAGAUCAGAUAUCUUCGAUGUUUAUGAUGUUUCGAGCAAACGACUAUUCUUACUCGAAGAUUUCAAUAUCAUUCAAAAUGGUUUUAGCAUCCAGUCUGUUUUGCCUCGUCGAUCAAACGCAUCCACCUAGCACUCUCUUAUUUGACGUUAUGCAAGCAGGUUGCAUUCCCAUUUUCCUAGGCUCUGAUUUUGUCUUGCCAUUUUCGGAAAAACUGGAUUGGACUGCUCGCUUUGCAUUAAUUAUUUCCAAUAUGCUUGAAAGCCUUGUUGAUGUCAUAUCGACCUACUCCGAAGACGAGAUAGUUCAGUUGCAGCACCACGUCAACUUUUUCUACUCGAAGUACAUGUCUUCCCUAGCAGCUGUCAUUACGACAGCUUUGGACAUUAUCAAUAGUCGGGUC